AUGUCAAAGUUCUUUACUGAGGUAUUUAGGACUUAUUUACCAAGCACAAUCCUAUUUGGUACUUCAGUCUAUUCUAUUGCAAUCAUCCAGGAUAUCGUAACUAAGAGAUUAAUUAAAUCGACCCGUGAUUGUAUGGAUCAUCCAGAAGUCAAAGAGGAGGUAGAAAAUCUUUUUAAAGACCUUCUUCAGAGGAUGCUUGAUGAUCCUGAAACCAAAGAGGAAUUGAUUUUGUUCUUUAAUGAAGUUAUGGGCACAGAAAUAAUGGAAAGUUCUAUAUUUUUUUAGAUAUAUUAAGUAUUUUAUAUUAAAUAAAGAAUUUAUAUAGAAUAGGGCAAAGUUUUAUAGUAUAAAGUAUGAUAUUUAUUUAAAGGGAAUAUCAAGGAUUUGACUUUGAAAGUAUUGGAUUCUCCUGAUACAAAAGAAAUCGCUUUGAGCGUAAUGAAAAGGGUUGUGCAGUUCGUUAUGAAAGACAGAAUGUUAAAUGACGAAAGCCACAAAAUCAGCCAUGAAGCGCUAGGCUUGAUGUUUUCAGCUGACAAAAUGAUAAAAGAGCCUAAAGUUUUGGCACUAGUUAGAAACAUCAAGAAAAUUCCCAAUAUUGGACUUACUAAACCCCCUUCCUUAAGAGAACAAAAAUAUUGUAAAACUCCCUAUUUUUUUUGGUAAAAUAAAAAUGUUUUAUGAAAAUAUUUUGAUAUGUAAGUGAUAAUUAUUAUAAUGAAAUCUCUUACUAAUUCUAUUUAAUUUUAAACAGAGACAUAAUCAAUAAUAUAAUAUUUGCUUUAAAUUGUUAUCGUUAUUUGCAGAUUUUUGAACUUUACCACCUAAGAGUGGAAUUUUUUCCGCGUGUGAAAAGAGGAUUCCACAUGUGAAAUCAAAAGGGCUCCACACGUGAAAAACACCUUUUCACAUGCGGAAAAAAUUCCACACUUAGGUAGUAAAGUUCAAAAAUCUGCAAAUAACGAUAUAAAAAAAUUUACGAAAAAAUUUUAUAUGCAAAGUUUUAUAUAAAAGUUCAACCCUUCUUUGAACGAACAAAUUUUUUGUUUACUUACGAAGGGGUGGAGGGGGAGUAAUAAUUUUCAAAAAAUUAUUAAUGAAGAAAAGCCACACAUUGAAGAAGAAAUGCUUAUAAGAGAUUUGCAUUAUUUCCCUUAUCAUGAGACAUUUAGAUACCCAAAAAGUAUAGCAAAGAAUAAUGUAAAAAUUAAACCUAUGACAGGGUUUCUUAUGAAAAAAUCAGUUGAAAUUUUUAAUGAAACUUAUAAAAAAGCUAAAUUCAUUUACAAAUCAACACAGACUCCAGAAAAAAAUCAGCCUUUCAUACCUUUGGAUAAUAUAGAAGGAAAUUAUAUAACCUAUUAA